UGUACAAUGUGGGGGUGAGGGUGGGGGAGAUUAAUCUGUUUGUUAAAGCCUUAAUGAAUAUUUAUACUUCUGAUCUUUGAGUGGCUACAUUUCCUGCACCCAUGACCUUAGCGAUCUUCAUAUUAUCAGUAGGAUCUGAUGAGACUCUGAAAGCCUGACCAGUCUCUGUCUUCUGUGUCACUUAAGGAUUAUAAGGUACUGCAGUGACUGAAAUGGACAAGGGCUCUGGUUACUGGUAAACAUAGUAAGCUAUAUACAAUUCUCAUUCCUAUCCUCACCCUUACCCUAACUCUAUGUUCUGGUAAGAGUUUAAUCGUCAUUAACAAAUACUUACACAGCCUUUACAAAUUCCAAAAUUCUUCUAGAUACUGCCACAAAAAGAUAUUUAGAUCAGAUGGGCCCUAAUUACUAUAAAUUUAAGGUUCUGGUGUCCAAAAAUGACAAAACAAGGUAAAGAGCCUUCUUUAGGAAAUGCCUUAAUUCCCUUUAUUACUGUCUUGGAGUGUUUUAUGUAGCAGUGAUUUGUUCAGUACUUUUCCAUCGUUGUCAGUAAUUGUAUAUAGAGCAUGAGUUUUGUGCUAUGUGUUAAGAACUCCAAAUUGAACAAGACCAGAGACCUGCCCUUUAGGGGCUCACAGGCUAUUGCAGAUAAACAUAUACUAAUAAUUGGAACAUGACGUUGUGUGACGACCAACAAAAAUAUGUACAAGAUAUAAUGGUGUACAAAGAAGGCAGUUUGUAGCUCUAUUUAGGUUGGCCAGGGAAACUUUCACAAAUGUGGAGGUGAUUGAACUUGGUUUUAAAGGAAAAUUAGGAGCUCACCAGGGCCAAUUAGGUGGAGGGGAUGAGGAGCAUAAUAUAAUUGGUGAAGAGGUAUUUAAAUGUGAAAAUAAACAGGUUAUGGAAGUAACAAGUCAGGUAGGGGUACCCACAGCAAGUUUGGCAGAGACAUAAGAGAUUCCAUAAAAUGCCCUGGGAAAGGAGAGCAGGGCAAGAUCAUACUUAGUUGAAUAUUAUGUAAGGAAAUUUUAUCUUUGGAAGGAUUACUGGAUGAGUAAGGAUUUAUGGGAAACUCUCAAGGAUUACUAGAUGGGUAAGACUUUCUGGGAAACUCUCAAAUAAUAUCAAUUUAUCUAGGCAAACCUGAAAGCAAUCCUUACUCCUAGAAUGACUAUAUAGAAAUUUUAUAGAUUUAAAAAAAUAUUAUUGGACGUGCUUCUGUGUCUACUUUGACUAAUUUAUCUUCCCAACAGGGUUACUUUUGUGAGCGAGAGGCAGCACUAGCUGGAUGGGACAUUGGAACGAUAGGAAUAAGCCAAGACUGUCCCACGCAAACCAGAGCAUAUGACCAACCAACCUUGAUCCAAGUGGGCUGACAGCUCAGGUGGAGAAAUCUUAGUUCCUGCUCUCUAGACACUCAUCCUGAGAAAGGGGGGGUAGGUAUGAUAUGGUGGAACAUUCUGUGACUGUGAACUCCAUAUUUGGGAACGUAGGUGGGGAUAGACUUGGAUUUCCUGUCUGUCCAUGUGGGUUAAAAUGAGAGUUCAGAAUGCUGAUUACAUUUAAAACUCUAGCUCAUCUUGAAAGAACCUGUGGGAUACAGACCACUGAACAAAGAAGUUCUGUUGCCUCUUUCUCUUGGGAAGUCUGUAAACAUGAAGCUGUUUCUGGUUCUUAUUAUUCUGCUGUUUGAGGUACCCACAGAUGGGGCAGGACUCAAAAAAUGCUUUAAUAAUGUAACAGGCUACUGCAGGAAGAAAUGCAAAAUAGGGGAAAUCUAUGAAUCGAAAUGUCUAAAUGGGAAAUUAUGUUGUGUUAUUGAAGAAGAAAACAAAACACAUUUGAAAGCUUACAAGCCGAAAGAACCUGAUAACGAUGCGUUUGAUGAGAAGAUGGACUACCUUAUGCUGCCCACUGUCACCUAUUUCACAGUCAUGCCCUAAAGCAAGCCCAUGUCUCACUGGUCUACACUCUUCCUAAAUCAGAAAUGCUGCCUAAUCCAGCAGGCUGCAGCAAGAAAUUUAUCUGCUUCCUUCUGUGAACUUGA